UAAGGACUGGGAUUUUUGAGUGAGAGAAAGACCUCAGUUAGAAGACUCUCUGGCUGGUUGUCGCCGAUGCAAAAACACAGCGUCUUUCAAAUCUGAAAGUGGAAGAGGAGUAGAUGGGCUUCAAAGUUUUCACAACUUCCUUUUCCGUAGCGAUUGCAGUUGUUGUUACUGUUUUUGCUUUCCUCUUUACAUUUUACCUUAAGCCCAGUUCUCAACAGAGAUUGUUCAAUGUUGAAGAACUUGCUUUGUACAAUGGGACUGAUGAAGGCUUGCCGAUUCUCUUAGGAAUUCUUGGGUCUGUCUAUGAUGUUUCAAAAGGAAAAUCUCAUUAUGGCAAGGGAGGGGGUUACAAUCAUUUUGCUGGAAGAGAUGCUUCCCGCGCAUUUGUUUCAGGAAACUUUACAGGAGAUGGACUCACUGAUUCAUUACGUGGUCUAUCCAGCACCGAGGUAAAGAGCAUUGUUGAAUGGAGGGAUUUUUACUCUCGAAGCUACACAUUUGUUGGCAAACUAGUGGGUCGUUACUAUGAUAGCCAAGGAAAUCCCACAAAAUAUUUGAAAGGAGCUGAAGCGAAGGCAGCAAGAGGCGCACAGCUUUUGGAGAAACAGAAGAAAGAAGAAGCUAAGCAACCCAGCUGCAACUCAAGGUGGAGUCAAAACGAGGGUGGAGAGGUCUGGUGCGAUGUCGGCUACCCGAGGUUAGUUCAGAGGCCCAUAGAAAUCGCAUUGACUGGGAAGAUGAGCAAGCGAUGUGCUUGCUUUAAAGAAGAUGAACUGGACCAACCAGGGUUAGAAGUCUAUGAGGGGUGUGAUUACCAUGCCAAGACUUGCCCAGUUUAGAAAAGAUUGAAGCUGAAACUCCAAGUUUGAUGUACUUAUUCAGAUUCACAGAAAACUUUGUUCUUCCAUUCCACACUAUAACUUCGUAAUUUGGAGAUGAGUUUUUCUGAAAGUUAAUACGGAUCAUGCCAUAGGUAGAGAAUCAUGAUGCAAUAAUCAUUUGUACAAAAACUCAACUUCCGGUGAGUAUAAAUGAAUUGUACCCACU